AUGGACUCGUCCAGAAAUGUUUGGAAUUCCCCAUUCAAUAAAAGCACCGCUUUUAUAUUGGGAAAUGAAGGAACUGGACUAUCAGAUAUCGAAAAAUCAAUUUGUGAUUACUUCAUAUAUAUUCCACAAUACCGAAGCAACACAGAAUCCUUAAACGUCUCCGUAGCAGCAGGAAUUGUUUUAAGCCAUUUCGCACGUAAUUUUUAUAUAGAUUUCGCUAAUUUCGUUGAAUCUUCUAGAGAAGGCGAGAAAUAUGAGCUAGAUGACAUAACAGGGCAGAAAGCAAUGAUGAAAAGAGCUGAAGAAAUCAGAGAAGAGAGAAAACAAAAUCGUGAAAAAGACGUAGAAGAGUCCUUAGGGGAACUUUAUUCGGAAUAA